CCCCUCUGUCUCUCUCGUGUUCGCCCUAGCUUUUGCUUUUGAUGCUCCAAGGGGGUCACUGUUUCUGAUUUUGCUGAAAAGCUCAUCUUGGGUCUGACGUGAAAUUUUGCCGACCCUUUUUUUCUUUUUGGUUUGCUACGUCCAUUGUUGCACUAUACUGGGAAAAAUGGUCUUCAACUGUAAAGGGUUUUACUUUGAUAAAGAAGAUGAGGCAUUUGGUGAAAAUUCCGAGGAGAAACGAGCAGAGGAGCUUCCUGCCAACGAGAAGAGCAAAAAAACCAGAGGCAGCAGGGUGAAGCGAGUAGUGCCGGGGGCUAAUGCUGACACUCUGUCGAGGCGUCGGACAGAAUAUGAUGGUGCUGACGACCAAUCAAAGAGCAACUUUAAAUCCAUUAGUGAAUUAGGGGGAGCAAUUUCAAAGAACGUCUUGAGGAGAUCAAGAGUGGCACCAGAAGAGAGCUUUGAAGAACAAAAGCCCCAGCAUUUUCAGCACUUACAUCCCCAGCCACCAAAAGGCAGUCAUCGAAGUGAUGAUGACAAGAAACCGAAGGAGAAGACCAAGAACCCUUCAGCUGAGAAAUUUCUGGACAAGAGUGUUCUUCUGAGGAUCUGCCACUGCAACUGUGAUACCUGCAGACGGGUGAUUUGUGAAGUGGCCAGGAAAUUUAGAGGUGUUAGUGAAGUAUCUGCAGACCCCAGCACGGAUCUAGUGCGAGUGACAGGUAGAAUGGACGUGAAGGAACUUUUGAUUCAUCUCAAGAAAGAGCUGAAGAAGAAUGUGGAGGUGGUACCUGCUGAAAAAACCGAUUACCCUGGGAAAGACAGAGAGUAUGACAGGGAUUCAAACAUAAUGGUCCACAAUCUCUCGAGCAAAUCAAGAGUAAAGGAGAAAGUCGAACCUGCAAAACUGGAAGAGAAGUUCGGGCAGCAAAACUCUGAGAAUUCUAAACUGUCCUUGCCUCAACUUAAAGCUAACCAUGGCAGUGACUUAAUGGAACCGCAUCAGAAGAUAGAGAACUCAGGGAACCAAAAGACUCAGAAAGAGCGUUCAAGUCAGCUGCUUUUGAGAAUCGAAAAGCAUUGCAACUGUGAAGGUUGCACCAAAAAGAUGAAGGAUAUCUUCAAGAGAUUUAAAGCAGCUAGUCAUCCUAUAUCUGAUCUCUAUGCAGGAGUUGGCUCAGUUAAGAUAUAUACAGACAAGGAACUAGUAGAAGUGACAGGAACAAUGGAUACCAACGAACUUGUCGUCUACCUUGAAGAGAAGCUCAGGAGGAAUGUGGAAGUAAUGCCCAUUCAAAACGAUGAACAUGGUGCCAGUCCCACUCAAAAACACAGAGCAGGUGUUAGGCACAUUGCAAACAUAACUGACAAUGCCUCAAGGAAAACGGAAGGAUACCCAAGUGUGCAGGAGAAGCAAAAUUUUAAGAAGACUAAACUUACACUUCCUCAGCCAAGGAAAGGGGAUGGGAAUGAUAAUGAGGUAACAGGUACGGUGCAUUUGAAGAUUGAAAUGUACUGUCUUGAAGGAUGCCCCCGGCGAACACAAAAAGCUGCAAGGAAAUUUACAGGAGUUAGAUCAGUCAAAGUGGAGGCAAGUAAGCGUCUGGUGAUCGUGGUUGGCACAAUUAACGUGAAAGAACUUGUAGCCGAUCUGAAACAGAAGCUGAAACGAAGUGUGGAGGUGGUUCACAUUCAAAACCACAGUCUACCUGGUGACAAUAAAGAAGUGGAGGUGACUAAAAUAGAGACUCUCAAAGAGCCUGCAGCUGCUCGUGAAGAUGGUUGGCACAAGGAUGUAGAGAUCAAGAAAGAAGUUAAGAAGGAAGCUGAGGAAAUAAAGAACAAGCGAAAAGUUAAGGAUGCGAAAGUGAAGGGUAAAAAGUAUUCUCACCAUGAUGGAGGAUAUGAUGGUACCAAAGAAGAUAAAGAGAAUAAGAAGGGAAAUGAAGGAGUUGAAGACAACCUCAAAGAGGCCAAGGGACAAGGCUAUAUAUCUUACGAUGGGGAAAAGCAUAGAGAGCUUGAAAGGGAAGGUGAUAGGCAAACUUACUUUCAAAAUUAUGGCGAGCAAGAUUAUCUUGGACAUUGGCUAUCUAGGAUUCAGAUUUUAAGUGAUGAAAACCCCAAUUCAUGCGCCGUCAUGUGAACGCUAUGAACUGAGUGUUCGAUAAAUAGGAAACAGAGAGAUUAUUCAUGAAGACAUUGUGCAUUUUCAUGUGAGAAGGGGCAUGAAGGAAAAAGACUGGAGUGGAUUUGGUGCAAGCGGAUGUUUUACAUUGAAGUUGCAUGAUGUGGGUCCACUUCAUGUGGGAGGCACUUGAUACUUGGGAAAUAACAGCAGAAGGGAGAGGUGGCUUUUUCGGUACCGCAGGUCUUCAAACAAUUCUGGUUGUUGGUAUGCAUUUUUCCGAUUGUUCUGUUCUGGAAGUGUGGAAAUUACAUAUUCUGUAGCUUGUUCUUCACUUUUUUAUGUGAACCGAGAGAUCUUUCUGCAUAUGGCUCCUGGGUACAGAUCCCACCUCUUGGUGCCUUAAAAUGGUUCUGUUCUUCUUUCCCUAUUCCUCUCUCGUACUCAUUUUGUCCAUCAGUAUAUCGGCAAGUGUAAACUGACGGAAUGAUCAACCAAAUAAGGUCCUUCUGUUUCUUGUUUUAACUUCA